AUGGAGAAGCGCAACGACAUCACGAUUGACGACGCCGAGAAAGCAGUUGGCCGUUCAACUUCUUCGCUCGACCUUGACGACAAAGACGAGGCUCUCAGGCUUGUGGGCCUUGAGCGAGCGGAGUCCUUCACGGAAGAACAGUACCGCAAAGUACGAUGGAAAUUGGAUAUGGUGAUCCCGCCUUUAUGCCAGGCAGUCUACUGUUCACAGUACCUUGAUAAGAACGUCCUGAACUAUGCGAGUAUUAUGGGUUUGCCCAUCACGGGUCAACACUAUAACCUUAUUGCGUUAGCCUUCUACCUCGGGUUUCUCAUUUGGGUCUUCCCCACCAUGUACAUCUCCCAACGGCUGCGACUCGGCAAAUAUCUUGGUGUCAACGUCGUGCUAUGGGGGAUCAUCAUGAUGCUGCACGCAGUGCCCAAAUCCUUCGGUCCAUUUUUUGUCUUGAGACUCUUACUGGGCAUGCUCGAGAGCUGUGUCGCUCCCAUCCUCAUUUUAAUCAUAUCUAUGUUCUAUACCAAAAAUGAACAAGCUCAACGUAUAUCCUGGUUCUAUCUUAUGAACGGAGUGUCAGGGAUAUUUGGGGGAUUUGUGGCAUAUGGCAUAUCGUUCGACAUCAAUGCUAAGAUCGCCCCAUACAAGAUCAUGUACCUCCUUACAGGCGGACUGGCCGUCAUGGUCGGAAUAGCGGUGGUUCUCUGGAUGCCUGACUCACCGCUACAUGCACUCUUCCUCAGUCGGAAGGAACGUGUCAUCGCGGUUGAGCGCAUUCGGGACGACCAAGGCGGAACGGAAAACAAAACGAUUAAGAAACAUCAAGUAAUUGAGGCGUUUUCAGAUAUUCGGUCUUGGAUGAUCGUCUUGCUGACCAUCAUGACGGCUAUUCCGAAUGGAAGCUUGAGCAGCUUUGGGAACAUUAUCAUUAAGAGCUUCGGCUACACGUCACAGCAGGCGUUGAUUCUUUCCGCCCCUAUUGGCGCAGUCGGUAUCAUCAGUGCUCUGCUCUGUGGGUGGUACUCCGACCGUGCGUCGGAGAGGAUGCUCCCAAUCGUCUUGGGCCUAAUACCUACGAUCGUGGGCUCGGGUAUGCUCGUCGGACUCAAGUCAACACCUGAAAAUAAGGGCGCCCUUCUUUUUGCGGAUUAUAUCGUCACAUUCUUUGGGAGCUCCCUCGCUAUUGUCUACGCUUACAACGCCAGCAACACGAGCGGACAUACCAAGAAGGUCACCGUGAAUGCGAUGACCCUAGCUGCAUUCUGUAUCGGUAACAUCAUUGGUUCGGAGACAUUCCUACCGAAGGAUGCGCCGAAUUACAUCCCCGGCAAGACGGCGAUCCUCAUCCUCCUCAUCCUCUCUCUGGCCUUGUGCUUUGUUAUCCGCUGGGUUAAUAGGCAUCUUAAUGGCAAAAAGCGGAAGUACAUCCAAGAGUUAAAGGAGCGAAACAACUGGACGGACGGCGAUAUCUUGAAGGAGAGGCAACGACACGCCUUUCUUGAUAUGACAGAUCAUGAGAACCCGUACUUCGUUUAUACGUCUUGA